ACUAACGGAAAUACCAGCGCACUAUCAGAUAAAUGUAAUCACACUAUCUGUGUGUGUGCGUGUGUGUGUGUGUGCGUGUGUAGUGUAUAGUGUGUGUAUGACUGUGUGUGGGCGGGGGAGGUGACAGUACGAGUGGUGGACACACACACAUUUUGGAGGGUCACUGAUUAGGUAACAGUUUCAAAUGGAAUGGACGGUGAUCAGAGAGCGACGAGCUAAACAUCUAACACGGACGUGGUUCCUGGUGCUGACCGUGGUCUGUUCGGAGUUCUCGCCCGCCGACGCCGACGCCAACGACUUCCUGUGCCGUGGCGAAGCGAGGAAGAUGAUGAACAAAGUGAAGGAGCUGGAACAGGAACUGGUUGGAUGCAGCGCUGCCAGAUCUCUCUCCACGCCGGUCCGGUUACCCUGCACCAGAGUCCACGUGGCAACCUGGAGACAGAAACCGGUAUCAGAACGUAGCGCUGAGGUUCUGCUCUCCCUGAGGUUGUUGGUGCAGGAUCUUCACCAAGCCAAAAUCCAAAACCCGUCCGGCUGCACCAACACACUGCUGCACAACCUCAAACACAACGUCAACAACUACAUCCUCACACUCACACAACUACACACACAGGGGGGGUCAGACAGGUCAGAGGGGUCAGACAGGUCAGACGGGGUGAAAGUUCCAGGCUGUCCGGCUCAGGAGUCACAGAAUCUGGGUUCAGUUCUGAAGAGAUUUGAACUUCUGAUCUCCAGAAAACUGGAAUAUCUGAUGACAGACAUGAUGAAGGCAUGUCCACCGGACCCCUGACUCUGAGACCCUGACCACUGACGGCUCGGACUCUGGAUGGGACGCUGACGGACGUCGCUGAGGAAAUCUGAAGACGCUGCGCCUUCUACUGGUGGAAGAUUCUUCUGCAAUGAACCUGUCACCAAAUGGACCUUAACGUUCACUAUAUGGCCAAAAGUAUGUGGACACCCGUCCUAAUGAUUGAUUGUAGUUGUUUCUGCCACGUCUAUUGCUUUUAACAUUGUGUGAACAGUUUGGGGAAGUCCCUUUCUCCUUCAGACGUUCCAACUCAACACUUUGAGAUGAAUUUAACUCUGAUUGAGAGCCAGACCUUAUCAUCAGAGCCCGACCUUACUGACUCUUUGACUAAGAGGGCACAUAUUCCCACAGACACACUCCAAAGUCUUGUAGAAAAGCUUCCCAGAAGAGUGGAUGAUAUUACAGUAAAGCUACAAAUAAAAGCGCGACCGGUUCAACAUAAAUGUCCAGGUUUUGGAAUCUUCCUCCCUCAGGAUGUCCGACAGUCACAGUCAGUGUCCCAAUACUUUUGUUCAUAUAGUGUGAUUGUAAAUGCUGUAAAUGCUGUUGAGAUGUAAAAUGAUUUAUAUAUAUAUAUUUUUACACUCCUUUAUAAAAACACUCCCUGAAAUAAUAAAACAACCGCUGAUAGAACAGAAAUAAAAUCGAGUUUCAUUUUA